AACUGAAGAGGGUAGGCCGGUAGGGAAACGGGAAACCCCGUGUAAUGAUGUAAGUGGCGAAAGUGGAGUCAAUUGGAAUUGAUCUGUCUGGCCCUCUCGGAAUUCUAACAUGCUAUGCGAUUCUGGUCUCUUGUUUUGUUCUCAAGGAUCCAAUACUUAUCGCUUUCUGCUGUAAAGGCCAGAUUUUGAACACCGGACCCGGAGCAUAGAAGUUUCAAUUCUCAAGUUGUUCCUGCUUCCUCGAGCUUUUUCUGCGCAAUCAACCUAAAUCUUGCAGAAGAAAAGUGUGGGUGAUUUUGUGUUGUUUUCUGAUUGAUGCUGGCUAGAAUGUUUUAGUUGGUUUGGGAAUCGGAUAAUUAAGUUAUGCUUAUUAUUGGGGAGGAGAUUAGAGCAGUGAAAUUGGUAGUAGUAGCUGAUGAGGAUCACAAGUUAUCAGGAUCUCAUAUUGCUAUUGGCAUCCUCACCUCCUACAUGGGCCAUUCUCAUUGCCGGUGCUUCUGUGAUUCUCACUCUUUGCCUCUCCAUGUUCCUUGUCUUCGAACACCUGUCUGCAUACAAGAAUCCUGAGGAGCAAAAGUUUUUGAUUGGAGUUAUAUUGAUGGUUCCCUGCUAUGCUGUAGAGUCGUUUGUAUCAUUGGUGAAUCCAUCAAUUAGUGUUGAUUGUGGGAUCUUGCGGGAUUGCUAUGAAUCACUUGCCAUGUAUUGUUUUGGAAGAUACCUUGUCGCCUGCUUGGGCGGUGAAGAAAGGACCAUCGAGUUUAUGAAAAGACAAGGGCGUUCUAAGACUCCUUUGAUAGGACAUGAAAAGGGAACUGUAAAACACCCUUUUCCAAUGAACUACAUCUUGAAACCUUGGAAACUUGGUCAAUGGUUCUACCAAGUUGUCAAAUUUGGCAUUGUUCAAUAUAUGCUUAUCAAAUCUUUGACUGCGGUCUUAGCUGUUGUACUAGAAGCAUCUGGUGUAUAUUGUGAAGGAGAAUUCAAGUGGGGAUGUGGGUAUCCCUACAUGGCAGUGGUUCUCAAUUUCAGCCAGUCGUGGGCGUUGUACUGUUUAGUACAAUUUUAUACUGUCACGCAUGAUGAACUGGCGCACAUUAAUCCUCUGGCCAAAUUUCUGACAUUUAAAUCAAUUGUCUUUUUGACUUGGUGGCAAGGUGUGGCAAUCGCUCUCCUCUAUGCCUUUGAUUUGUUCAAAAGUCCGUUAGCCCUAGGCUUGCAGUCAAAGUCAGGCGUGCAAGACUUCAUCGUUUGUAUAGAGAUGGGCAUUGCUUCUAUUGUUCACCUUUAUGUAUAUCCUGCAAAGCCUUAUGAAAUUAUGGGAGACCUCUUUCCUGGAAGUGUUUCAGUCCUUGGAGACUAUGCAUCUGUUGAUUGUGCUCUGGAUCCUGAUGAGGUGAGGGAUAGUGAGCGUCCCACAAAGUUGCGUCUCCCUCAGCCGGAUGUUGAUGCCAAGAGUGGAAUUUCCAUUAGGGAAAGUGUCCGGGAUGUUUUUGUUGGGGGUGGUGGAUAUAUAGCCAAUGAUGUGAAGUUCACAGUUACCCAAGCAGUGGAGCCGGUGGAGAAGGGGAUAAUACGUUUUAAUGAGAAGUUGCAUAAGAUUUCAGAAAACAUAAAGAGGCAUGACAAAGAUAAGAGAAAAGUAAAGGAUGACAGUUGCCUUGCCACAUCGUCAUCUACUCGGAGGGUGAUUCGUGGAAUAGACGACCCCCUUUUAAAUGGGAGCUUCAGUGAUACCGGAGUCAAAAAAGGGAGGAAUCACCGUCGAAAAUUAGGAUACACCAGUGCAGAAAGUGGGGGAGAAAGCAGCAGUGACCAAAGCUAUGGUGGGUAUCAGAUCACGGGUCACAGGUGGGUUGGCAAAGAUUAGCUUUUGUGCUAACACACAACAAUUAGCAAGAAAUGAAGCACUUGUGAAGCAGAAAAACGUCCUUAAGUAAGCAUUGUGUCGGCAUUGUCUUCUCAUGGUGAAGUUGCUCAGUUCAAAAUGCUGAGGGACUAUUUCAUUCUUCAGUGAGGUUGGAAGCUGUCUGGCCAAAGUUUUUUCUGCUGUGGAUAUUUUCUGCUCGAGUGCUGAUAUUGUUUUCCAGGUUAGCUGGUCAAUUUGCAUCAGUUUAAUGUGGUUAUGCCAUUCUAUGUUGUUGCAUAGCCGUUCAUAAUACUCGAAUGAUCAAGUGUUCAUCCCUCGAGAAAUCUUCACCCUUUUCUUUUUCAAGGAGGAUGAGGGAAAUGUUCAGAAGUAGACUAUGAGUGAAUUCAAUGGCUGUAUACUGCAAAAACUGUUAUAUUUUAUGGAUUCAAUUAUUCAGAGAGUUAUUUAUGCAGCUUUUCAUUUGGUGCUGCCUGCAA